UGAUNUAGAGCCUUUGAAGAUGCUAGGUGUACUACGCGAUAAGAAAGAUAAGUAUAUACGCGAUAUUGGAUUUAAAAAUCAUGCUUUUAAUGCGCUUAUUUCAAACAACAUUGGACCCUAUCGUGAGGUGCCUGAUACACGGCAUAAAAUAUGUUCCCAAGAACCCAACGAUCCUAAUGAAGAUUUACCAACUAUUUCAGUGAUUAUGUGCUUCUAUAAUGAACACAAGAUGACACUAAUACGUUCCAUUAACUCUGUAAUAAAACGUACGCCAGCACAUAUACUAAAAGAAAUUAUACUGGUUGAUGAUUUUAGUGACCUUCCCGAGUUAGAAUUUCAUUUGUUAAGCGACUUACAUGCGCAACUUCAUUACGAUCGUCUGCAUUAUAUGCGCAAUGAAAAACGAGAAGGGCUGAUACGUUCGCGUAUAGCAGGCGCACAUUCCGCGGAGGGCGAUGUGCUGGUUUUCCUCGAUUCGCACAUCGAAGUUAACCAGCAGUGGGCAGAACCGCUAGCGCGUGCAGUAAAGCAAGAAAAUUCAACCAUCGCCGUACCGGUGAUGGAUCUUAUUAGCCCUGAUACGUUUGAAUACAGUCCUAGUCCCUUAGUGCGUGGUGGUUUUAAUUGGGGCUUACACUAUAAGUGGAUCACAUUGCCAAAAGGCACUUUGAAAAAAGAUGAGGACUUCAAAGGCCCAUUUAACACACCUACAAUGGCGGGCGGUCUCUUUGCAGUAAAUCGACAGUACUUCAAACAUAUUGGUGAAUACGACGAAGGCAUGGAUAUAUGGGGCGGUGAGAAUAUCGAAAUUUCCUUCCGCGUCUGGCAAUGUCACGGCGCUAUAAAGAUAUACCCCUGUUCGCGGGUUGGACAUAUCUUCCGCAAAAGACGUCCCUAUUCCGCUCCCGAUGGUAAGGAUACGAUGAAGCGCAACUCAUUACGCGCAGCACACGUUUGGAUGGACGAAUACAAGGAUUACUUCCUGAAGGAAACAAAAUCCGCACGCGAUUUGGACUACGGUGACAUAUCAACGCGUUUAGAACUGCGUAAACGUUUGAAAUGCCAUGACUUCGCAUGGUAUAUGAAAAAUGUGUACCCCGAAAUGCUGCUGCCUGGCCAAGAAAGCAAGAAAUCUGCAGCGGCUGCUGGUGUUUAUCAACCAUGGCAUUCACGAAAACGUAAUUACCUUGCCACAUACAUGAUACGACUGACUGGCACUAAUUUAUGUGCGUCCGUUGUGGCGCCCAAAGUCAAGGGCUUCUUAAAGAAGGGUAGUCCCCUGAUUUUGCAAGCUUGCAUUCGCACUCGUAACCAAAUAUGGUAUGAAACUGACAAGGCCGAGAUCGUGCUGGACAAGUUGUUAUGCCUCGAGUCAUAUGGCGACUCGCAGGUGCACAUAAAUAAGUGCCACGAAAUGCUGGGCGAUCAGCAAUGGCGACAUACUCGCACUGAGCAUAGUCCCAUCUACAAUAUGGCGGCAGGCACUUGUAUGCGUGCGAAAGCAGCACAAAUAGGUGCUGGCAUCAUAUUGGAUUUGUGCUCGAAAGACGAUGCGAGUGCAUGGGAUAUAGUGAAGGUAGAGGAGACAUCGUGAGAUGUGCGUUGGUGGAAAGGAAAAUAAUUGCGAUAAUGAAAAAUGGACGCACAGGACGAAGUAAACGAUAUGUCAGCCGCCAUUAGUUGUGCAAUCCGGGAAUGAUAGACUGAUCUUCACUGCAGCAAUAAACUCGUAGUUAUUAUGUAUCCAAUUAGUUAUUAGUUUAAACUAAGUGUAUAAAUUCGUAUGCUUGCGAAUAUUUUCUACAUUUUUAAGUUGUAAAAUAGCCAACAAAUUAUUUUUUAUAUCAAUAUACUUAUAUAUAAACCAGUAUGGAAAAUAUUCAUUUUAGUAUGCAGCGCAUGCUCCGUAUUCACUUGGUAGGUAAUUAUAUUUGCCAGUAUUGACGAAUGUAAUUUGUACAAUAACAUCACUACUAGACGUGUCUAAUAUUCUUUAUUCUUAUAUGUACGUUCAUUCAUACAUACUUAUGUGUGUAUAUAAGCUAAAAAGACAAUUGUAGUUUUGUAAUCCCUUUAGUUUAAAUAAAAUUUUCAAAAGACGUCAAUGCGUAUUCCCGUGUCUUUGUAAUUUUAGGAAAAAUGCUCAUUUUUUGUGUGUUUAAGUAUACCAUUUUAUUUCGUGUUGGUCUUUUACAUAUACAUAGCAUGUACUAAAAAAUGGUUUUAUCGAUAGUAUAUAGCGUAAAAUUAUUUCGGUUCUUAUUAUACUAACGUGCACACACAAAUAUAGUUUAAACGAAUUUAAAUUGCAAAUACAUUUUUCUGGGGGACAACCAGGCGAAGUCUUCAGGAUUCAUCGUUUAAGUCCAGAACUUUUCUUCCAUGUGGUUGCGUUUCUCUCACAGAGAGAGACACAUAACAACAACCACAUGGAGGAAAAAGUUCAGACUAGAAUGGUGAAUCCGCAUUUAAGGAAAAAAAUUUUAAUGCUUAGCGUGAUAUUUGAGAAUUUUUUUUAAA